AUGCUUAAUAAUAUUCGACAGAUUUUUCCUCGAAUUAUUCGUCCAACAAUGAUGUUGACUAAUAUUCGUUCCAGCACAUCAAACGCAGACAAAUCACCUGUCUCAGCAAAUGUACCUAGUGGUUUGUGGAAACUUGGUAAACUCAAUCAUAUAGCUGUUGCUGUUCCUGAUUUAGAUCAAGCAAGUAGUUUUUUUAAAAAUAUUCUUCAGGCAAAAUCAGUUAGUGGAGCUGUACCACAAAAAGAAGAUGGUGUUUAUACAGUUUUUGUUGAACUAGAUAAUAUGAAAAUAGAACUUGUACAUCCACUUGGUGAUGACAGUCCAGUUGCAAAUUUCUUAAAAAAGAAUCAUAGCGGUGGAAUUCACCAUAUUUGUAUUGAAGUUGAUAAUCUUGAAGCUGCAAUAAAAGAAAUUCGAGAACAACAUAUUCGAACACUUAAUGAUAAGAUUGAAAUUGGCGCUCAUGGUAAACCAGUUAUGUUUCUUCAUCCAAAAGAUUGUGAUGGAAUACUUAUUGAACUAGAACAAGCGUAA